AUCACAUGAUCUUGCCCGUGUCUGUGAUGUUUGGUCAUGUGACCGUCACCACAGGAAACAUGACUUUCUACGACUGUGAGGCGGUGAGCCGGCUUCACCAGAACUCCAUGUGUGUGUCCUGUGUAAACAGUGUGUGGAGCUGCAGCUGGUGUCCUCUGGAUCAGAUCUGCACCCACAACCAGAGCUGCUCCACACACACCAUCCAGAGGGCCCCCUCCUGUCCUCUGGUCUUCAGUCUGCAGAGCUCUGCCUUGGUGCCGUUGGGCCUGAGCAGCCGAUUGGUUCUGAGAGGGAGGAACCUGGACCUGUUCACAGAUGAAGCACAGUUCGUGUGUGUCGUGGAGAUCGAAGGAGUUCAGUUGAACCUGACAGCUGCUGUAGAGAAAACACACGACAACACACACACCUUCACCUGCAGCGCACACAAGUUUCAGUAUGCUGUCAGCCAGCUUCAGUAUUCUGCUGCUGUCUACCUGAGGAGAGGAGAGAGACGCAUCGACGCCUCACCUGGCCUCCGCCUCCAGCUGUAUGACUGCUCAGCCGGCCAAUCGGAUUGCUCUCAGUGCCGGGCGGUGCCUCCUGAGUACAGCUGUGUGUGGUGCUCAGGAAGCCCCGCCCCCAGCUGUGUUUACAACCAAUCGUGCAGCAGCGUUCCUGCAGACACCUGCCCGCCCCCUCAGAUCACACAGGUGGUACCUGUCUCCGGCCCUCUGGAGGGGGGGGUCCUGGUGACCAUCACAGGCUCUAAUCUGGGGAUGAAGUACCAGGAUGUUGUGGGCGGAGUCACAGUGGCAGGUGUUCAGUGCCCCCCCCUACCUGAGGGCUACCAGAUCUCCACCAGGAUCGUGUGUGAGCUGCAGGCCAGCGGGGGCCCGAGGGAGGGCCCGGUCCUGGUUACCGUGGGAACAACUCCACCUGGCCGGUCCUCCCAGACGUUCACCUAUCAGGACCCCCAGCUGCUGGCCCUGGUUCCUGACAGGGGGCCGGUCUCUGGAGGAACCAGACUCACCAUCAGGGGGCGGAGCCUGCUGACCGGACAGAGGGCGGACCUGAGAGCCUUCCUGGGCCCCCAGCCCUGCUACAUCAUGGAGCAGGUGUCUCACUCUCAGCUGGUGUGUGAGACAGGUCGCAGUAACCGGACCGGACCUGUCUCUCUGCGGCUGUUGUUCGGUCAGGCUGAGCGGACCGUCGCUAAUGCUAGCUUCCGUUACCUUGACGACCCGGUGAUCACCGACGCCUCGCCAGCGGAGAGUUUCUACGCGGGCGGGCGCGUCGUCAUGGUGACAGGCAGGAACCUGGGCGUCGUGCAGCAGCCAAUCAUAGCGGUGUGGGUGGAGCCUGUGGAGGGACAGAGGGUGAAGCGGAGGAGACGAUUGGCUCUGCUCAGCGCUAAGCAACAGCUGGUGUUCAACAGCAGCAGGACCACGGUGUCGGAGCCCUGCUCUGUGCUGUCGUCCUCUCAGAUGACCUGUCUCACCCCCAGAGUGUCCCCAGAGGUCAAAGUGAAGGGAGUCUGGUUCCAGCUGGACAACGUCAGGGUCCACUUUGAGACCAUCAAGGGGCAGAGCUUCAGGUAUUACCCGGACCCGGAGUUCUUCCCUCUGAACAGAGAGGCCCCUGACGUCCCGUACCGCUUCAAACCGGGGGGGGUGAUCGCCGUGGAGGGCCAGGACCUGACCCGGGCCAUCUCCAGACAGGAAGUGAGGGCUCAGCUGGGGGAUCAGGAGUGUGAGGUGAAGACCCUGGAUAACACUCACCUGUACUGCGAGCCCCCCGAGAGCCAGCCGGGGGGGGGCGGGGGCCUGCCCAGCCUCAAGGUGCUGAUGGGGAACCUGCAGGUGGACCUGGGUUCGGUGCAGUACGACAGCAACGGCCUGUCUGUCGUCCCAUUGGCUGCUCAGAUUAGUCUGGGGGCGGGAGCAGCCGUCAUCAUCCUAUCAGUGCUCGUCAUCAUCCUGAUGUACAGGAGGAAGAGUAAACAGGCGCUCAGAGAUUACAAGAAGGUUCUGCUGCAGUUAGAGACUCUGGAGAUCAACGUUGGAGACCAGUGUCGAAAAGAGUUCACAGACCUGAUGACGGAGAUGAUGGACCUCAGCAGUGAUGUGGGGGGGCCGGGCCCCCCCCUGCUGGACUACAAGACGUAUGCAGAGCGGAUCUUCUUCCCCGGCCAGCAGGGGGCGCCGUUCAGCCGCCAGCUGGACCUGCCGGAGCACCGCCGCGUCACCGUGGAGACGGGCCUGCAGAACCUGAGCCUGCUGCUCAACAACCGGCUGUUCCUCACCAGGUUCAUCCACACUCUGGAGGCGCAGCAGGGCUUCUCUCAGAGGGACCGGGGCUACGUGGCCAGCCUUCUGACCGUCGCUCUGCACGACAAGCUGGAGUACUUCACCGAGGUGAUGAAGGGCCUCCUGCAGGACCUGGUGCAGCAGUACGUGGCCAAGAACCCCAAACUCAUGCUGCGCCGGACGGAGACGGUUGUGGAGAAGAUGUUGACCAACUGGAUGUCUAUCUGCCUCUACUCCUUCCUCAAGGUAAACCUGAGGUGGGGGGGGGAGCCUCUCUACAUGCUGUACAGAGCCAUAAAGUACCAGGUGGACAAAGGUCCCGUGGACUCAGUGACGGGGAAAGCUAAACGCACUCUGAACGACAGCCACCUGCUGAGAGAGGACAUCGAGUACUGCUCCAUGACUCUGACAGUGCUGGUGAAGAACGGCCUGGAGGUUCAGCCGAGUCCCGUUAGAGUGUUAGACACAGACACCAUCACACAGGUGAAGGAUAAGAUCCUGGAUCAGGUCUACAGAGGAGCUCCGUUCUCUCAGAGACCGUCAGCAGACAGUCUGGACCUGGAGUGGCGUUCUGGGCAGGCGGGUCACCUGACUCUCUCAGAUGAUGAUGUCACUGCGGUGGUUCAGGGCCGCUGGAAACGAGUUAACACUCUGCAGCACUACAAGGUUCCUGACGGAGCUACCGUGGCUCUGAUCCCCCGCUCCGUGAGCCCAGCUGGAGUCCAUCAGGUGUUCCAGACCGGAGAGAAAACCCCCAUGCUGGAGGGCGAGGAGGACGAGGGGCUGCGGCUCUGGCACCUGGUGAAGAGCAGCGAGGAUCCAGAGAUCCCAAAACACCGGAAGAGCAGCAUGAGGGAGAGAGAGAGAGCCAAGGCCAUACCUGAGAUCUACCUGACCCGCCUGCUGUCCAUGAAGGGGACGCUGCAGAAGUUCGUGGACGAUGUCUUCGUGGCGAUCCUCAGCACGAAACGUCCUCCUCCCAUCGCUGUUCGCUUCUUCUUCGACUUCCUGGACGACAUGGCGGAGAAACACGGCAUCGACGACCCUGAGACCGUCCACAUCUGGAAGACCAACAGUCUCCCUCUCAGGUUCUGGGUGAACAUCCUGAAGAACCCUCAGUUUGUUCUGGAUGUUCAGGUGACCGACAGCAUCGACGCCGUGCUGUCUGUCAUCGCUCAGACCUUCAUCGACUCCUGUACCACCUCGGAGCACAAAGUGGGGCGGGACUCUCCUGUGAACAAGCUGCUGUACGCCAGAGAGAUCCCCCGAUACAAGCAGCUGGUGGAGAGGUAUUACAGUGAUAUCCACAGCUCAGCCUCAGGGUGUUAUCAGGAGAUGAACUCCACUCUGACUGAACUCUCCGGGCAAAGCUUUGCCUCAGAGAUGAACACUCUUGUUGCUCUUCAUGAACUCUACAAGUAUAUCAACAAAUAUUACGACCAGAUCAUCCUGUCUCUGGAGGAGGACGCCUCAGGUCAGAAGAUGCAGUUGGCCUAUCGGCUGCAGCAGGUCGCCGCCCUGGUGGAGAACAAGGUCACUGACCUCUGAUGACCUCUGAUGACCUCUGAUGACCUCUGACCCUUGCUGAGGAAGAAGAGGACGAAGAGACACAAACUCUGUUAACACUGUGUCUUCCUGUGUGUGUGUGUGUGCGUGUGUGUGUGUGUGUGUGUGUGUGUGUGUGUGUGUGUGUGUGUGAGAGAGAGAGAGAGAGAGUUUUUAUAGUCACUCUCAGGAGAUCCAGUUUUUGCAGCAGCAUUCGAACCAAACCUGAAUUGACAAUCCACCAAUCAGAGAGCACCGCCUGCUGCCUUCACUACGUUACCCAGAGUCCUCUGCUCUGUGGGGACUCACUAAGCACACUUUGUAGUUUUUAUAAUCGACCUGCUGAUCUCUGACAUGCUGGGUGUUUUUUAUACUACUGAAGCCAGCAAUAACAGAACCAGAACCACUAACCUGAUCCAGAACCAUCUACCUGGUCCAGAACCAUCUACCUGAUCCAGAACCAUCUACCUGGUCCAGAACCACUAACCUGAUCCAGAACCAUCAACCUGAUCCAGAACCAUCAACCUGAUCCAGAACCAUCAACCUGGUCCAGAACCACUAACCUGAUCCAGAACCAUCAACCUGAUCCAGAACCAUCAACCUGAUCCAGAACCAUCAACCUGGUCCAGAACCACUAACCUGAUCCAGAACCAUCAACCUGAUCCAGAACCAUCAACCUGAUCCAGAACCAUCUACCUGGUCCAGAACCAUCUACCUGGUCCAGAACCACUAACCUGAUCCAGAACCAUCAACCUGGUCCAGAACCACUAACCUGAUCCAGAACCAUCAACCUGAUCCAGAACCAUCAACCUGGUCCAGAACCAUCAACCUGGUCCAGAACCACUAACCUGAUCCAGAACCAUCAACCUGAUCCAGAACCAUCAACCUGAUCCAGAACCAUCUACCUGGUCCAGAACCAUCUACCUGGUCCAGAACCACUAACCUGAUCCAGAACCAUCAACCUGGUCCAGAACCACUAACCUGAUCCAGAACCAUCAACCUGAUCCAGAACCAUCUACCUGGUCCAGAACCAUCUACCUGGUCCAGAACCCCCUCCAGUCUUCCUCUGCUCUCAGGUUUACUUGGUGUGGACUGUGACCACAUGAAGCACUUCCUGUUCCCUGGUCUGUGACCACAUGAAGCACUUCCUGUUCCCAGGACUGUGACCACAUGAAGCACUUCCUGUUCCCUGGUCUGUGACCACAUGAAGCACUUCCUGUUCCCAGGACUGUGACCACAUGAAGCACUUCCUGUUCCCUGGUCUGUGACCACAUGAAGCACUUCCUGUCCCCUGGUCUGUGACCACAUGAAGCACUUCCUGUUCCCUGGACUGUGACCACAUGAAGCACUUCCUGUUCCCUGGUCUGUGACCACAUGAAGCACUUCCUGUUCCCUGGUCUGUGACCACAUGAAGCACUUCCUGUUCCCUGGACUGUGACCACAUGAAGCACUUCCUGUUCCCUGGACUGUGACCACAUGAAGCACUUCCUGUUCCCUGGACUGUGACCACAUGAAGCACUUCCUGUGCCCUGGUCUGGAAGUCAAUGUAUUUUUGCUAACAGGUGUAAUGAACAGAAAACAAAGGAUGUUAAGACGGUGUUUAUAAUUGAACCCUCUGCUUUCACCAGCUAGCGAUGAUGCUAACAUGCUAACAUGCUAACUCGCCUCAACAACAGAUUCUGCACUUUUUACUCUAUUAACAAAUCAGAUUCAGCCUCAGACAGAGACUCCAUUUCACUGAAACUAAAAGACAGUAAAACAAUCUUGAAACGUGGGGAGUGUGUUCGCGUGUGUGUGCGUGCGUGUGUGUGUGUGUGUGUGUGUGCGUGUGUGUGUGUGUGUGUGUGUGUUAGCUAGUUACUAACUUAUUACAUGUACAUACUGUAAGUCCUAUUUAUACCUAUUUAUCCCUGCUGUGCCUUCACUCUGCAGCUAGGUGGCGCUGUCUGUCUCUCAUUGUGUGUCCUGUUGCAUCAUGGGAAGAUAAAUUCAUUGUAUUGUUUUACUCAUAUUGUGAAAGUACAGCUAGCAUAGCAUUACGCUACAAUAACAAACACAAUCUAAACGCACCUGAUCGAGCUCAGGAAAAUCAACGUGAAAUAAAAAACUAAAAACUACUGACAGCUAGCUACUGACGGCUAGCUACUGACGGCUAGUUACUGACAAUUAGCUACUGACGGCUAGCUACUGACGGCUAGUUACUGACAGUUAGCUACUGAGGGCUAGCUACUGACGGCUAGCUACUGACGGCUAGUUACUGACAGUUAGCUACUGAGGGCUAGCUACUGACGGCUAGCUACUGACGGCUAGUUACUGACAGUUAGCUACUGACGACUAGCUACUGACGGUUAGUUACUGACAGUUAGCUACUGAGGGCUAGCUACUAACGGCUAGCUACUGACGGCUAGCUACUGACGGCUAGUUACUGACAGUUAGCUACUGAGGGCUAGCUACUGACGGCUAGUUACUGACAGUUAGCUACUGAGGGCUAGCUACUGAUGGCUAGCUACUGACGGUUAGCUACUGACGGCUAGCUACUGACGGCUAGCUACUGACUGCUAACUACUGACAGUUAGCUACUGACGGCUAGCUACUGACUGCUAGCUACUGACGGCUAGUUACUGACAGUUAGCUACUGAUGGUUAGCUACUGAUGGUUAGCUACUGACGACUAGCUACUGACGGCCAGCUACUGACAGUUAGCUACUGACAGUUAGCUACUGACGGCUAGCAGCACAAUACAACUAGCAUCUCUUGAACAGGGUACUCCCUGGACUCUGUGGUACAGGGUACUUCCUGGACGGUUAUGGCUAGAAAGGACCCGUCUUGUGUAAAACUCUCGCGAGAGUUUGCAAGUCACGUGGCUGAAUGUUUACGUUUGGCAGGCAGCCUUUCAGUUACGAUCGUUAACAUCAGUGGGCCACAGCAAAUGAUGGUGAGAAGCUAAACUAUCUAUUAAUUAUGUAAAUUACAGGGAGUGUGAUUGUUGAAAUAGGAUGUUAGCGGUCUUGCUGUUCAAAGAAGAAUGACAACACUGUAGAUCACCAACACUAUGGUUUAUUUUUUAUUCACAGGCAAGUCAACGUUGUCGCAGUAAAAGUCCCAAGAUGGCUCCUGGUGCAAUAAAAUGUUCCCUUUCAGUGUUUUACUAUUAUGUCUGAUGUUUCUCUAUUAAUAUUGCUGCUGCAUUAAUGUGUAUGUUGCAUGUCACUGCUGUAGAUGUGUUUCCGAGCCGCUCCGAUUACAACGAGAGUUACAACGAGAACGUGACGUCAUAUUUACACAAGACGGAUCCUUUCUAGCCAUAACCUUCCUGGACUCUGUUACAGGGUACUUCCUGGACUCUGGCACAGGGUACUUCCUGGACUCUGUGGUACAGUGAACUUCCUGGACUCUGUUACAGGGUACUUCCUGGACUCUGUUACAGGGUACUUCCUGGACUCUGUUACAGGGUACUUCCUGGACUCUGGUACAGGGUACUUCCUGGACUCUGUUACAGGGUACUUCCUGGACUCUGUGGUACAGGGUACUUCCUGGACUCUGGCACAGGGUACUUCCUGGACUCUGUUACAGGGUACUUCCUGGACUCUGGUACAGGGUACUUCCUGGACUCUGUUACAGGCUACUUCCUGGACUCUGUGGUACAGGGUACUUCCUGGACUCUGGCACAGGGUACUUCCUGGACUCUGUGGUACAGUGAACUUCCUGGACUCUGGUACAGGGUACUUCCUGGACUAUGUGGUACAGGGUACUUCCUGGACUCUGGCACAGGGUACUUCCUGGAUGCUUUCAGUGUAAUGGACUGACCCCGCUCUAAGGCAAUAUGACAGCCUGUCUGCUGGUCUGAAACAGACGAGGCGUUUUCUGAAUGAUCUUCCUGCUUUUCUUCUUAUAAUACCUCUGAUAUAUUUCUGAUGGUUAUCGCUGUUUAAUAUCUCCUCUGUGUUCUGCCUUGCGUGUUUUUUGAGCCUGUGUUUGACCCGUAGUUGUAGUACUCCGCAUGCGUGUGAUGAUGAAGAAGAUGAUGAGGAUGAUGGAGACCUACUGAUCUCUGUACAGUUUUUUAGUCUGGACGUCAAGAAGCCUGUUUGUUACCGAGCGUUUUCUACAAGGGAAUAAAGUGUGUGUGUAUCAGCAGAGUGUGUAUCAGCACAGAGUGUGUAUCAGCAGAGUGUGUAUCAGCACAGAGUGUGUAUCAGCACAGAGUGUGUAUCAGCAGAGUGUGUACAGUCUGCUAACAGGUUGCUAACAGGUUGCUAACAGGUUGCUAUCCGUGUGUAAAUACCUGCAGAUCUGAGUCUGAGACGGCAGGAGGCCGAACCGUUUGUAAAAAUAAAGUUAUAAUUUUAACAGUU